GUAUAAGCGGCGGUCGAGUUCCACAUAGCAGGAGUCGACACCUGAAGACGGUGUCUGGCAGUGUUUUCUCCGGAUUCACUCAAGCAGCUCAGAAGAAGCAUGUGGAGGCCAGUGUGUUUGCUGCUGCUGCCCCUGGUAUGUGGGGCAACACAAGGGGAGCCAGACUUUUUGGGGAAACUUCUAGUGGUGCCUAUGGAUGGGAGCCACUGGGUGGGCAUCAAGGCCAUCGCACAGGAGCUGGGUCGCCGUGGGCACCAGGUCACGGUGGUGAUACCUGAGGUCAGCAUGCGCAUGGGCCCUGGGGACCACUACCAGACGCUGAUAUUCCCCGUCCCCUACGACGCGAGCUUUUUAGACUCCGUGAUGUCAACUCACAAGACCAUCAUGCAUAAGUCGUCUGACCCUCUGUUGGAGAAGGUCAGUGCUCGGUUUUCCCAGAUCCAGAAGAUCGCAAACCUCCUCCACGUCACAGCAGAGAGCCUCCUCUACAACAGCAGCCUCAUCUCUCACCUGGCCCUGCAGGAGUUUGAUGCCGUCCUGACUGACCCCAUGGUGCCAACCGGGUCACUAGUCGCCCGGAAAUUAGGUCUCCCCACGGUGAAUUUGCUGAGAGGUAUUCCAUGUUCCCUGGACAUGCAGGCGUCCGGCUGCCCCAUGCCUCCCUCCUUUGUGCCUCGAUUCUUCACUGGAUACACCGAUCGGAUGAACUUUAAGGAGAGAGUCAUCAACACCUUGGUGGCUGCUGUGGAGCCUCUUUUCUGCAGGCUGAUCUACUGGCACUUUGAUAACAUCGCUGCUCAGUUUCUGGGUGAGAACGUGGGAAUCGCUGACGUCUUGAAGGAGUCUGACAUCUGGCUUCACAGAAUCGACUUCACGCUGGAGUUUCCGCGUCCUCUGAUGCCCAACAUUAUUCCAGUGGGUGGCAUCAACUGUAACGUGAGGAAUCCUCUUCCGCAGGAACUGGAACCCUGGGUGUCUGGAGAGCACGGCUUCAUUGUCUUCACUCUGGGCUCCAUGGUGUCCGACAUGCCAGAUGACUUGACCCUAGUCUUCCUGGAAGCCUUCAGGCAGAUCCCACAGAAGGUGAUAUGGAGAUUCACUGGCACGGUCCCUAACAAGGUUCCUGAGAACGUGAAGAUCAUGAAGUGGGUGCCUCAGAACGACCUUCUGGCCCAUCCUGGAGCCCGGGCCUUUCUCACCCACGCGGGGUCACAUGGUCUGUUCGAGGGCAUCUGUCAUGGCGUCCCCAUGGUGAUGUUGCCACUGAACGCUGACCAGCCUGACAAUGCUCAGAGGCUGGUGAGCAGAGGAGCUGGAGUGGUGCUGGACAUCUUCGCUUUGACGCCAGAGGACCUGGUCCAGGGGAUAAACCAGGUCAUCAAUGACCCCAGCUAUAAAGCGAACAUCCAGAAGCUCUCAGCUCUUCACAACGAUCGGCCGGUGGAUCCCCUCGAACUGUCUGUGUACUGGACCGAAUUUGUGAUGCGACACAAAGGAGCCAAACACCUCAGAUCAGCACUGCAUGACCUCAACUGGAUCCAGUACCACAGUCUGGACGUGCUGCUGCUGCUCGCAGUGGUGAUGCUGCUUCUCCUGACUGUGACAGUGAAACUUUUGAAAGUGUGUUUACGCAAAGUCACCGGGAAGAAGACGAAGCAAGAGUAGUUCUGAGCCCUUUUCACCUCAGUCAAAUAGGACUCACCUUAUAGUGGUUAUGGGGAAAUUUCUAUACUUUUUUAAUGAUAGAAAUCAUUCAUGAAAUCAUUUUUCACACCAGUCAUGUGACUUUGAGAAAGUGAAAGGAGAACGUCAAGAUCAAAAUAGGUUUAUUACUCAACAGAAAGGACGACAUUGAGGAUGUAGCUGUUGGCGGAGUCAGCGUCAGUGGUCACUCUUGCUGGGAGGGAAGAAGGCGUACUCUACAGCCAGAGCCACAGUAAAUGCAGCGAAUCCCCAUUUGAAUCCUUUGAGAAACACAUUCGAGACGGACGCAGUCUUGGUGAAGCCGCCGGAGUACCUCCAAGCCUCGUUGCUAUGGAGACAGAUAUGAAGCUUUUAGGUUUACAUCCACCGUUUACAAUUUCUAGCUCUAGCUCUGAGAUUUCACUAUCAAUAAUGGACUGAAUGGCGAGUCAUUUUCAGGGGAACAGAUCUCAUUUUUAUUGAAAUGGUUUUUGUGCAAAUAUUUUUCAUUUUGAGAUUUUUUUUUUCUUGACUGAAUGUAAUUCUAAGAAGACAUACUUUCAAGGAUACAUUUACAAUUGCACCUCUUAAAAAUAUUGCCUCAACCAGUUUGCUCUCAAGCUUCAACGUCAGUUUGGUAAAAAAAAAAAAAAAAUCACAAGGUUACUCAGGGUUUUGCAAGAAUCUGAAGACGUUUCUAUGCACAACAGAUGACUGUUCAAUAUCUACAUGCGAGGACAAGUGUCAUGUUCUGUAACAUAAUUUAACACAAUAAAGGUUCUGACU